CUCAGCCGGCUUACAAAAAUGCUUCCCGGAAAGAUAUUUUGGUUCCCACGAUUGUGAAGCUCGGAUAAGCCAUGGAAACUCUUUCUAUGGUUACAUGCUUCACCUGCAAGCAGACUCCACCGCCAACCAGAUUCCUAUCUCGCACAGCUACAGCAUUAUCUCAUUUGCAGAAAUCAAAGCUCCAUAUUCCAUUAUCGCGAACAAGAAUUCGGGCAGUAAGUGAAAUUGCAGAAGAGGAUGUUCUACAAGCAUUCUUUGAGGAACGAAAACUAAAUGCAGAUUUUAUAUCAAAAACUUCUGAUAUGCUUUGGCAGAGGGAGGUCGUGAAAUUCGAAGAUGUGACUGAUGACAGGUUUACUGAUACUUCCCAAGAAGUACUGGAUGAUGAAAACAAUGAUGGUGGUGGAUUUUUGAAAUUGUCCGCCACUCAAGCAUGGGUCUCAGGUGGUACCUCUGCACCAAUCAAUAAAAAAGCUGGUGAUAAGAUACUGCCAGAUGACCGUGAAAGAAGGAAGAAACUAAAUUUUCUCAAAUAUGAAGCUCUCAAGAGGGAACUGAUGCUUUUGUCCGUUGGCAUUGGAACUGCAUGCAGUGGGUAUUGCCUGAUAGUGUUUUCGUUCCAGGCUGCUAUUAGUUAUGCAGUAGGAGCCCUUUCGAGCUGCUUAUACCUCCAGCUAUUAUAUCGACAUGCUGACAAACUAUCUAAAGACACGGUUCCCGAUAUCUUCACGCAGAAAAAGACGAAAAAAAUUGGAAUAAGAAGUGAAGAUAUCCAGAACGUGUUUGAAAAAUCAGUGAGGGGAAGUAGCAUUGCUCUGUCAUCUCCUAGGCUUUUGAUUCCUGCUGCAAUAUAUGCAAUAUGGAUCCUCUCUCAUAAAUAUCUUGCCAACGACUUCUUCGACUUCCAGCUCACGCCAGCCAUGGUUGGGAUGUUUGUCUAUAAAGCAGCUGCACUUGUUCAAGUUUACAGGGACAAUGAAAACCUGAAAUUGGACUUUCCAGAAAAUGAUGGGGGCUCGGCAUAACUGCGCCACGCUUUUCGACAUCAACCAGCGACAAAUGACCUGUCCAUUUUAUGUUUGAAGCAACUGCUGGUUGCAGGUCAGCGUUUUAACUCCCUUUCCUACACCAUAACUGAUAUGGAGAAUGAUAUGCAGACGUUCAGUAAUUCAAUCAAACACCAUUGGGAUUAAGUACUAUGCCAUUUCAUGUUUUAGUGCACAAAUGUUUGGCUGCUUAGUGAAGAGAAGAAUUAAAGUGCCCUGUUUCUGCCAUUACUGAACCCCAGUUGUUGGUCGAGUCGGUUUUAGCUAGGCCAGGGAUUGAUAUGUUAUUUAUGAGUUAUAUGAUUGAACUUUUUCUAAGAUUUAUUUUGGCAAUCAUCAGAUUACAGCAA